AUGAAUAAUACUCUAUGUGGAAAAUUAGAUCUUUUGAGGAAGCAUUUACCCGAUGAAUUAAAUGGAAAAGCAAAUGUUGAACUAACAAAAAUUAGUGAUUUCAAAAAUUACUGCCCUAAAGAAAACUGCAAUUCUGAACUUGAAAAGAUUACGAUUGGAUUUUUAUGGUUACUUGGACAAUAUUUUACUAUAUCCCACGAUAAAAGUUAUGAUAAAAAUAAUACUAAUGCAUUUUUUCUAUAUAUUAUUUCAUGGCUUAGUAAUCAAUUAAAUCAAAGCACAACGCAUAGUACCACCAAAAUAAACGAUUUUUAUACUAAUCAUGUAAAAAAUAAUAAUAAAUAUGAAAAAUUUAUAAAUGAUUCCAGUAAAUUUACAGAACUUAAUGAAGUCUUAAAUACAAAAAAUGAUUUGUUGAAUACUAAUAUUGAAGAUCUGUCUAAAUUUUAUGAUGCAUCCAAAUUAAUAUGUAAUAUGUAUGGUAAUAUUGAAACGAAUUCAAAUGACAAACUGUCAGAUAAUGCGAAUGAUUUUGUUAAAAAAUAUCAAGAACUUAAUGGACAUUAUAAUAAUGCUGAUGGCAAUUCAUAUAAACAAAUAUUGUCUGCUUUAUCAACUGAUUAUGCUAAUAUAAAAGAUAAAUGUAAAAAUACUAAAUCCCUUCCAGAGAUAACAUCAAACAUUUCUGCACUAAGAUCUGGAGAUACAUCAUCAAGUUCGUCGAUAGGAAGCAAGUUCUUUACAGUUUUAUCGAUAUUUGGUGCAAUAGCAUUUUUUUUAGGAAUUUCUUAUAAGUAUUCACUAUUUGGAUUUCGGAAACGAUUUCAAAAACAAAAAUUAAGAGAAAAGGUAAAAAAUAUAAAGAAGAGAAUGAAUCAUUAG